ACCGUGAGGACCUGGCCUGCUGGACUUUGCGAGAGCGCCUGCCUGCUGGCACAGGGGAGGGCGUCGGCCUUGCCGGAGCGGCCCAGCGCAGGGAGGAGGAAGAAGGCUCCGCUUUCAGCGGAGACACAGGCCCGUGGAAGAGGCUCUUCCUGAAGGCCUUCCGCCUCCGCUAUACGGCUGAAUGUGGCCGCGAGGAGCCGGGCUGCGCCCACUCUUGGAAUCCGGCCACCCACUUGCCUCGUCGCCUCUUGGCCUCUGAAACUCCCGCCGUAUUCCAGUCUCCUGGAAACCGCUUGUGAGCGGACGAGAGGGUCGAAGCAGUGGUAUUGGAGAGGGGCCUGGUGCCUGGGGGCUGUUGAUGCUUUCUGUUUGGAGGCAAGCAGGGUAAAGGGACACCUUAGCACUAGCAUCGAGCUACUAUCGUCUCCGUUUGGGUUCUAUGCGGAAGAAGAAGAUGGACUUGACGGUGAUUCCGCACUGAGAGCAAGAAGGGGGUUCCUGGCUGCCAGAUCCCCUCCCCCUCUGCCCCUAAGCCAAGUCUGUUGUAUCAAGGACCCUUUUUGGUGGGGCAGGGUGCGUGGGUGUAAACAUGAACAGAUACCUUCCAGUAGCCCGCCAACAUUUCCUGGCUGUACUGGCCAGUACCAGUGUAGUAGUGAAGUCUAUAUGUGCCAUUGUUAUUCUGCUCUACCUUCUCUCCUUUGCUGUGGACACAGUUUUUGGACUUGGAGUGACACCAGGGUAUCUUUUCCCACCCAACUUCUGGAUUUGGACGUUGGCAACCCAUAGUGUAGUGGAAAAACAUAUAUGGAAUGUAGGCAUGAGUCUGGCCACAGUGGUGAUAGCAGGAAGGUUGCUUGAGCCACUGUGGGGAGCUUUGGAGCUUUUGAUCUUCUUCGCUGUGGUGAAUGUGUCGGUUGGGCUCCUGGGGGCCUUUGCUUAUCUUCUCACAUAUGUGGCAUCAUUCAAUCUCUCUUACCUAUUUACUGUUCAAAUCUAUGGUAUGCUGGGCUUCCUUGGUGGUGUCUUGGUGGCCCUCAAGCAGACCAUGGGUGACAGUACUGUCUUGAAGGUACCUCAGGUGCGAAUGAAAGUUGUCCCUAUGCUCUUGCUCCUGAUUCUGGCAGUUCUGAGAUUGACCACCCUCAUCGAAAGCAACGUCUUGGCUUCUUACGGUUUUGGAGUGCUCUCCAGUUGGAUAUAUCUCCGUUUUUACCAGAGGCACAGCAGAGGACGUGGUGACAUGUCAGACCACUUUGCAUUUGCCACAUUCUUCCCUGAGAUCCUGCAACCUGUUGUUGGCUUGGUGGCUAACCUCGUGCACAGCAUCUUGGUGAAAGUGAAAGUCUGUCGGAAAACAGUGAAACGGUAUGAUGUUGGUGCCCCUUCAUCCAUUACUAUUAGUUUGCCUGGAACAGAUCCUCAGGAUGCCGAACGGAGAAGACAACUGGCCCUAAAGGCACUGAAUGAGCGGCUGAAACGUGCAGAAGACCAGUCAGCAUGGCCUAGCCUGGAGGAUGAUGAUGAAGACAACAGCAAGGUUGACAUUCCACUACUCCCUGAGAAGAGCCGGGACUCUAUCACUGCAGGAAAAGCAACCAGUCAGGAAUCCAGCCUCAUUACCUUUGAGGAUGCCCCUGCUCAGUCAUGACCAUGAAGUUCCUCCAUCCUCUUCUCCCUAUCCCGGUGUGUCAGAGCUGCUAAUUGAUCCUUCAUGUGCCCUCCCUCACAGUACUGCCUACUCUGCAGGGAGCAAAACACUACGUCUGCAGGGUCUGAGAGGUUGGGGCUACCUCCUUCCAGCAUUUAUUAGCCAUAUGUGGCUGAUGCCAGGUCUUUAGACUCUUGAUGGAAACUGUUAACUGUUGCACAGACCUGAGAUUCUCUUUUCCUUUCAGAAGGGCUCCUGAAACUAAGAAUUUCUUGGCACUGUUGGAGCAUAUGGAGAGGGGGAGUCUGCAUCUCUCCAGCAAAAUAAAGAGGGUCAGUCUGAAUAAAGAGCCCUACAUAAGCUACCGAUGCUAGUAGCUGUCAUUGUGGCUGUUAACACUUGUGUGUAGCUCUGUUUGGUUGCAGUUUUGGUCAAUCUGUAUAGGGCCCAGGAUCACCUACCCUGGUUAAUCAGAUCCCAUUUUGAGUUCUUAUUGUCACACCACUAUGUAAACCCCACUUGGGCAUCUUGGAACAAGAUUUCUUUUUAUCUUAGUGGCAGUGAUUGUCAAAAAUAACUCUGCAGUUUAUUUUUUUUUCUUUCAGAGUUGGUUUUGGUGUUGAUUUAAAUGAGCAAGCACUUUUUUAAUUAAAAAAUCCUUUGCUGUAUUUGCUGAAUUAAACUUAUCUCUUCUGCCCUCUAGACUUGGCAACAGUGGUCAACGAAAAAAGUUGCUGGAUAAGGUUUUUGUAGGACCAGCAGUUAAAAGCCUUUUUAAUAAUAACAUAACCUCUUAGAUCCAUCCCUUUAAUUUUUACAGUGAAUAUAUUUAGGGAUACUGAGCAGCUGGCUUCUAGUAUACAAGGUGCCACAUGGAAAAGCAUCAUCUCAGGCUUCCUACUGGACACCUAGAGGGAAUUAAUUAUAUUUUUAGGCCUUUGUCCUUUAUUUUCCUUUGCAGUGAUUCAAAUGACAAUGCAGCUUCUGUUUUAGGUUGAAUGUCAGUCCAUUCUGGGACUAUUGGGAUGAACUUUUUCCUUCAGUAGAAAAUAUAUGUCGCUGAUUCUAUUUUACUUUUAAAGGUGCUUUUUUGUGGGACUCCUAACAAUGCCUCAAAUGCCUGCUUUUCUCCUUGGUUAGAUCAGUAGCCUUUUUCUUUCUCUGGGAUGACAGGCUUUGGUGGGAGGAGUGGGGCAGCAGAACCUAAAUUUUCUUGCCUUGACACCCAAUCUGAAAAGAGAGGAGCAAGGCUGGAGUGCUUAGGAGAAUGGGAGAAGAGUGUGAGACAAUGUUAAUGAUGAUUUUUUCAAAAGACCACGAGAAGGCUUUUGUCAAGCAGGAAAUAAACACACAAUUUCAGUAUCAAUAAAAUGUUCUUUCGAAGAAAGUGUCCUGAAUUGGC